AAAAUAUAUAAACUCUAGUUGUGUUAGUGUAUUGGUUAUGUCACAGAUCCUAACGACUAUAAGCUACUGAGUACCCACGUGUGUUUGGAAUCAGUUGAUUUUGUCACAAGAACACAAUCUGCACAUUUGUUGUGCACUGCAUUUUAAGAAGAUUAAAAUUUACUUGAUCCAGACUCAUGAAGACUCUGAGCAUAACCUUCAAAACUUUAUGUUAUGUGAAAAACACUUACCAAUAUAACGCACUAAAACCCCUGUUUACUGUUGUACCAAGGAACGUUCCAGAACCAGAAUUGGAUAUAGACUACUUAUGUAAUUUAAAAUAUAAAUUAGAAAUAGAAGAAAAUAUUAAACGUAGAAAAGGAGUUGGAAAUAUUAACCGCGUAUUUGAACUGCACAGAAAAUUACAAAAUGACACACUCAGUGAAGAAAACAGGAUGGAUUUAAUGAAAGAAUUCAAAGAGGCAGCAAAACAAAUACCAAACAAGACAUGCCCCUUGGUAGCACUUUAUGAUGAUAGUCCUAAAGUAGUUAAAGUCAUAGGAAAUAAAACCAAGUUUGAUUUUCAACCAAAGGAAUUCAGUGAUAUUGCUAAAAUGUUGCAUUUGAUGAGAACUGACAAUCUUUCAAAUAUGUCAGGUCAUAAAAGUUAUUACUUCAUGGGUGAAUUAGCAGAAAUGGAACAGGCCCUUGUGUGGUUCACAGUGAAGAAACUAUUGGCAAGCAAUUUCCAGCUUAUAUCUGUUCCUGACAUUUUGCCUUGCCAAAUAAUUGAAAGCUGUGGCUUGACCGUAAAAGAAGACAGGACCCAGGUGUACAUGCUAGAUGACCACUUAUAUGAGGGAGACCAUUGUCUGUCGGGCACAGCGGAAAUGGCACUAGCUGGUUACCUCAUGAACCGAGAGCUUUGCGUGACAGAACUGCCUCUGAGACUUGCUGCAGUUAGCAGGUGCUACAGGGCAGAAACAUCUCGCAUGUCAGAGGAGAGGGGUAUCUACAGAGUUCACCAGUUCACAAAGGUGGAGAUGUUUGGGGUGACAGAACAUGACAGUUCAGCAGCAUUGCUGGAGGAGUUUCGAGAGCUGCAGGAAGAAACAUUUUCAUCACUGGGGCUUCAUCUUCAGACUCUGGACAUGCCUCCCCAUGAAUUAGGGGCACCUGCUUUCCGAAAGUAUGACAUAGAAGCUUGGAUGCCAGGAAGACAAAUGUUUGGUGAGGUGUCUAGUUGCAGUGACUGCACAGACUACCAGUCCCGCCGCCUCAACAUCAAGUACCAGCCAAGAGAUGGUGGCUCCAGUUUACAUGCGCACACAUUGAAUGGGACGGCCUGUGCUGUACCCAGGAUGCUGAUUUCUCUGUUGGAAACACACCAGCAAGCUGAUGGAAUAGUUGCAAUACCUGAACCUCUUCAGCCUUACAUGAAAGGCAAAGUUGUCAUCGGUUUCCAGGACAAUAUCCCAGAAAUGAAGUUUGUCAAGUCAAAACACAAAAAGGAUAUUCACCGAGACCAGGACUAAAUAUCUGUGGACAGCUGUCUAUGACUUUCUCUUCAAAGAAACCUUACCACAUAGCACAGCAUUGUAAAAUCAGUACUGCUCAAAGACUGUUACAUGACUUAUACUGGGUCUAUGUGCCAUAUAUCACCAUUUUGCCUAGCUCGAGAAUUGUACAUUGUAAAGCAUUCUUUGUCGAUAAAAUGAACACCACAGAUGAGAGUAUUAGUGCUGUUCAGUGUAAAGAAAUGUCUUCUGUAACUAUAAAGUGAAAUAAAAUAAUACAAAAGGAGUCUAAAACAAAUUAUUUAAAGGUAUAGGAUCAAUUGUUCACUUUUCUGACACAAAUUUUAAUAACAUGAAUAUGUAUGCAGAAGAGAAAUUAAAUAGAGAGAAAAACUACUCGUGUAUGAAGCACAA